AUGAUGGUACCCGCAGACGCUUGCUCGCUCUGGUUCGAUCGGAGGAAGGGGAUGGAGUCGUCGCCUCGGCCGCCAAUGCCUGGAGAUGGUACCGCCAUCUCCGCCGGUGAGAAACCUCGUCCAGGCCAGCCUGCGACUGCGAAGAAAAGGAGAAGGAGAAGCCCCCGAGGAACAGCAGGUACUUUGGAUAAGCGCCACCAAUCGAUCUCCUGCUUCCUCGCUCCGGCCACUGUCAGUAAACCCUAGAAUUAUCUUCUCACAGACACAGAGGCGGAGGUGGUAGCGCUGUCUCCUAGGACGCUCCUCUCCUCGCGAUCCUUCCUCUGCGAGGUCUGCGGCAAGGAGUUCCGUCGGAGCCAGAACCUGCAGAUCCACCGCCGCGGGCACAACCUGCCGUGGAAGCUCGGCGACGGCGGCAGGCAGGCGGCCGGCGGCGCCGCAGGGAGGAAGCGGCUCUUCGUCUGUCCCGAGGAGACCUGCGUUCACCACCACCCCUCACGGGCGCUGGGGGACAUCACGGGGAUCAAGAAGCACUACAGCCGCAAGCACGGGGAGAAACGGUGGAACUGCGACGGUUGCCCCAAGAGCUACGCUGUCCGCGCCGACUGGAUGGCGCACGCCCGCGUCUGCGGCAGCCGCCGGUACGAGUGCGACUGUGGAACGCUCUUCUCCAGGUAUCAACCCCGGCUUCCCCCUGGUCUACCUGAUGUUCUUGACUCAAAGCCAGUCGAUCUGAUCUCGAAUCAUGUGGGGCAAUUCCAACCCUGUGGAGCGCUCAAGCAGAAAGGAGAGCUUCGUCGUCCACCGUGCCGCUUGCAGUGGGGCGGCGAGGCAUUCAGAUGGGGCAUCUUCCUGCGGGCCGGCGAUCGACUGCGCGGGGUGGGCGAACACCUUCACUAGCGAACUGUUGUUUCCGAGCUUGUGGGGGCGCGUCUCGCAAUCCGCUGCGGUGGAGGAGCGGCCACCUUCGCCCACCACUCGUUCGUAG